GGAGGCUUUUGGUAGUGCUGUGUGAUUCCUACCAGCUGUUUCCCGCCUUGAAAGACAUCCGAUCAGCUGCAACUACACACAUACACGCAGAAGGAAAGAGAGAGAUUGAGAGCGCCACACAACGAGGGAACCCUAUCAGCUGGAAGUAGAGUAACGUUUAGAACUCCGACUGCUCUGCUACUACAUAAGGAAUUUUCCGAAUUAUGAAAUUAUUCUAGAUUUAUGAGCAAGGGAAUUUGCACCUGAAACUGGAACAUAUUUUGUGCGUUAAUUCAUUUGAACCGGGGGACACACAACUGGAGAGGAAAGCAUGGAGUAUUUCAUGGUACCAGCACAGAAGGUGCCCUCCUUGCAACAUUUUAGGAAAACGGAGAAGGAAGUGAUUGGGGGUCUUUGUAGCCUGGCGAACAUUCCUCUGACCCCCGAGACGGCGCGCGACCAGGAGCGGCGGAUCCGCCGGGAGAUCGCCAACAGCAACGAGCGGCGGCGCAUGCAGAGCAUCAACUCCGGCUUCCAAUCGCUCAAGACGCUCAUCCCCCACAGCGAUGGAGAGAAACUCAGCAAGGUGGGUCCGAGGGAGGAAAGGAAGGGAGAGAAACUCAGCAAGGCGGCCAUCUUGCAGCAGACAGCAGAGUACAUCUUCGCUCUGGAGCAGGAGAAGACACGGCUACUGCAACAGAACAGCCAGCUCAAACGCUUCAUUCAGGAGUUCAGCGGCUCCUCGCCAAAGAGGAGGCGCGGGGCGGAGGAGAAGGAUGAAGGGAUCGGUUCCCCAGACAUUUUGGAGGAGGAGAAGACGGAUGACCUGCGGAGGGAGAUGGUGGAGCUGAGACAGCAGCUGGACAAGGAGCGCUCUGUCCGCAUGAUGCUGGAGGAGCAUUUGAGGCAGGAGGAGGUCUGCUGUGUUGUGGUUGGUGGUACUCAGCCUGAACAUGUGUUAGGAACUCACUCCGAGCAGCAGGAGAGAGCCAGCACCCCAGCCCACAGCCCACAGGUGCUGGCCCCCAGGUCGUCCCCCGCCCCCACCCACCACCCCACGGUCAUCGUCCCAGCCCCCGCACCAGCCCCGCCUCCCCAUCACGUCACCGUGGUAACCAUGGGCCCGGCCUCUGUCAUCAACACAGCCUCCACGUCUCGCCAGAACCUGGACACCAUUGUGCAGGCCAUCCAGCACAUUGAGAGCAUCCAGGAGAGGGUGGGGGAGGAGGAGCAGCGCCGGGCGGUGAUCGUCACCCAGGGGCGCGCCCUCACAGACACAGCGGGGUCCGACACGGCGUCCGACAGCGAGUGGCCAGAGGACUGCUCACUGCCCUGAGGCCUCCCAUCACACACAGGGGCCACGAGAGGGGGGCCUGUACAACACCCACAAUACUCUGAUUAUAUGGCCAUUUAUUAGGUUGGAUAGACGGAUCAGACUCACACACACACUGAACUAGGAUAGUCUACUGUAACUGGAUAAUUACACAUACACACUUCUUUCUGUCUCCCUUUUCUGCUUUCUUGCUUUUUCUCAAACCGGACAAAAAACAUCAGUAGAAAGGUGAUGGGUUGACCUGACAGUUCCGCAUAGCUCAAGCAGCCAGCAGCCUUCCAAUCGGUCACGAAGCACCCAUCCAACCCACUCCCUCUCUGGGUCUUGCUCCUCCAGAGGGCUGCCUGAGGAUGGAAGUGUCACACCCAGGUCCAACCCACUCCCUCUCUGGGUCUUGCUCCUCCAGAGGGCUGCCUGAGGAUGGAAGUGUCACACCCAGGUCCAACCCACUCCCUCUCUGGGUCUUGCUCCUCCAGAGGGCUGCCUGAGGAUGGAAGUGUCACACCCAGGUCCAACCCACUCCCUCUCUGGGUCUAGCUCCUCCAGAGGGCUGCCUGAGGAUGGAAGUGUCACACCCAGGUCCAACCCUCUCCCUCUC